AUGCCUCGACGUCUUCAGGAAAUCAAACACCCCUCCAGAGCAAAUGCGCUCCGUCUUCAGGAAAUCAAACACUCCUCCAGAGCAAAUGCGCUCCCACUAGACAAUCAAUGUCAACUAUCCUGCAGAUCAAUGGCUCCAGUGAUGUUAACUAUCCUGCAGAUCAAUGGCUCCAAGUCUUCACCUGAUGCUGCAAACUUACUGGCCCUUGAGACAAUCAAUGUUAACUAUACUGGAGAUGGGUCAACUAUCCUGCAGAUCAAUGGCUCCAAGUCUUCACUGCGGGUCAUAUAUAAGUCUGCACUGUUGAGGCCAUGGAAAGCCAAGGAAACGUUGGUGCAGGUGUCUAUUCUGAACUCUUCUCAUCAAUGGCCCCUAGUCAUUACUGAUGGGUCAUACAUAGAAAACCAAGCAAACGUUGGUGCAGGUGUAGUCAUACAUAGAAAAUCAAGCAAACAUUGGUGCAGGUGUCUAGAAAGCCAAGCAAACGUUAGUGCAGGUGUCUACUCUGAACUCUUCUCUUUCACGCAACAGCGGGACAUAAUAGAUCCGUUCUUCUCUUUCUACGCAGCAGCGGGACACAAUAGAUCCGCGGAAGGAGAAAUAGAGGCCAUUAGGAUAGCACUAUGCCAAUAA